AUGGCAAAUCGGACGGUAAAAGAUGCGGUUACCGUAAAAGGGACAAAUCCCCAGUAUUUAGUGGAAAAAAUUAUCCGCACACGAAUUUAUGAUUCGAAAUAUUGGAAGGAAGAAUGUUUUGCGCUAACUGCUGAACUUUUGGUAGACAAAGGAAUGGAGCUACGGUAUAUCGGUGGAAUCUAUGCAGGAAACGUGAAACCGACACCGUUUUUAUGUCUGUGUUUGAAAAUGCUACAAAUUCAACCAGAGAAAGAUAUCGCCGUUGAGUUUAUUCGACAGGAAGAAUACAAAUAUAUUCGCGCGCUUGGAGCAAUGUACAUCCGGCUCACGUUCACUUCUAUCGAAGUUUAUAAAUAUUUGGAACCGUUGUACAACGAUUAUCGGAAGUUGCGAAUAAUGAACAAUGAUGGAAGGUUUGAAAUUGUUCAUAUGGAUGAAUUUAUUGACAAUUUACUGCGUGUGGAACGAUACUGUGAUAUUCAUUUACCGAGGAUACAGGUAUUCCAUGCAUCAUACUUUUCUUUCUAUGUGAUUUCUCCCUGA